GAAUGAAGUGUUUCAACAAAUUCAGUGAAAUUUAACACGAAAAUGAAUUUAACUAAAAUCAUUUUAAUACUACAACUUUAUACUCUAAGUUAUUGUAGAAAUAACACUUUAAAUAAAAUAAAAUUUAACAAUAAUGUAAGGCCAAGGUGUAUAGAUUUUUCUAAACAAAGUUUUUUUGAAAGAACAGUGAAGAAUAUUGACAAUAAUAGUGGUAGAAUGAAAGAACUGAAUGGUACUAAGUGUUCUAUUAAAAAAAGUGACGAAUAUGUUCGAAGGCAUAUACUAAAUGGAUUAAUCGUUCAUCCCGAUUUACCUGAUUGGCAUUGGCACCAGUAUAAGUCGAUUCAUCAAAAGACGUAUGCGACGCUUCACCAUGAAUUAGAGGCUCUCACAAAAUGGCGUGACAAUCUCUACCUAGUGGCUCAACACAACCGAGACUUCCUGUUGGGGAAACAGUCAUAUUCUCUGCAUCUUAACUUAUUUGGAGAUUUGGAUGUGAAAGAGUACUUCGAUAAAUUCUUGAAGUUGUUUCGCACGAUCCCUCUCUUCGACCCUGCAGAAGACACUCACAAGACUGCGUACCGCAACAGUUUGCAUAAUGCUGUACCUAAAUCUUUUGACUGGCGCAGUAAAGGCUUCAAGCCUAAAUUGGAACAGCAGCAUGACUGCGGCGCAUGUUACGCGUUCGCUGUUGCGCACGCGUUGCAAGCCCAGCUGUAUAGACGGCACGGUUUCUGGGGAGAACUUAGUCCUCAGCAGAUAAUAGACUGUAGCUCGAAGGAUGGUAACGCCGGUUGCGACGGGGGCUCCCUGCGUGGUGCGCUGCGGUACGCCGCUAGAGAAGGUCUCAUCACGGAGUCACAGUAUCCGUACGUUGGUAAGGAUAGUACGUGCAAAUACAAUAAGUUCCUCGUAAGAGUGCGUGCUCGGAGAUGGGCAACACUCCCCUUUGGGGAUGAGGAGGCAGUGGAACGGACCCUGGCCACUAUCGGACCUGUAGCCGUGGCUGUCAACGCUGCUCCUUUCACCUUCCAACUAUACAGGAGUGGUAUCUACGACGAUCUGUUCUGCACAUCCUGGCAACUGAACCAUGCGAUGUUGCUGGUGGGGUAUACCCCGGACUACUGGAUCCUGCUCAACUGGUGGGGCAAGAACUGGGGGGAGAAUGGAUAUAUGAGGAUCCGAAGAGGCUUAAACAGAUGUGGUGUCACAAACCUGGCGACAUAUGUGGAGUUAUGAUAGUUUAUGAAAUAAUAAACAAU